AUGCUUCAGUUCUACUUAGGGCUAUAUGGGUUAGCCUUAUUUCUAUGUUUUCUUGGAUUGUUAUUUGCUUUAACCGAGAAAGCAUGGAAAUGGUACAAAAAACGAUUUAGUUCAGUGCUACAAAUUACAACGCAAUCGACCAGUUCAACUACAAAUAAGUAUCUUAUUGAAAAAAGCGAAAAUCAGUUGGAUUACACAAAAGCCAAUAAUACUGCAGAAGUCAGUAUGGAAAAGACUUUACACAGAGGAAGUGAAAAUAACGUGAAUCCACCAAAUUUUAGCGAAGAAAUUGAAAAAAUGGGAAUAACUGUCAAUGAAAACUCCUUAGAAGAGAAAAAGCCGAAUGGAAUCAAAUCUCCUGUAGAUACCUCAACAAAAUCUUGGUCUGAACGUAGACAAGAAAGACGUAAACGCUAUAAGGAGAAGAAGGUUAAAUCAUCACCGACAUCUGGUUACUUCUCGAAUUAUUCUUCUGUCGACGAAUGUGAAACUACAAUAACAAAUGAUGCUAACUCACCUUUUGAUGAUUCUGAUACAGCUCCAACUAUUACUCAUCGUAUUAAUAAUGAUUUAGUGAUAUCUGAUAAUAGUGAUGGUCAACCGGAAUACUAUAUCCUUGAUACGCAUAAUAUGUGUGAACAAAGAAAUUCAAUACAAGUUACAAAUUUAGACGAUGUUGAUAAUAACAUCACCAAUUCAAUGGUUAACAGCGAUUCACUUGAUGAUUUAUUAGAGAAGAAUGCUCAGUUCUGUAAGGAAAUCAGUGAGCUAGGACUGGCUGACUGGAUAUUAUUACUACCGAAAGAAGAAGAAGAAGAACCCGUGAAACAAGAGCCAGAAAACCUAAAACCGAAAUCAUCCAAAAUGAAGGCAGAUCAAGUAAACGAAAACGAGGAAACUAAUUCUAAUGUUGCUGGUGUUAAAGGGAAGCCGGAUACAAACUUGAAAUCAACUUCAGAUGCACCAGUUUCAAAAUCAAGACGUGUAUCGCUUAGAUCUAAACGGAGUUUCGAUUAUUCAUUUGAACUAUGGGAUGAAAGCUAUUUUGCUGUGGAACGGAAGAUAUCUCAGCUUGAAGGUUUACACUACGCAGCCUUCAAUACAAAUAAGCAAAACCGACCAAAUGGGCACGAACUGAUAGACCUAAUAGAAGAUCAGGGAGUAACGUGUCUAGACGCAGAUAACCCAGAUAAAUGGGUUGUUCGCGCUCAUCGGUCUCUGCAAAAGAUGGGCAGUUUUCAACGAGAGCUUAAAAAAGAAAAUACAUCAAAUGAAUUCCAGUCAAUAGAUGAAAAUGAAAGCAAUGAAUUUUUGGAGUCGUCAGAAUCUGUGAAACAGGAAUUCCAAAUUAAUAAUGAAGAAACUAAGAGAAUCGGACGAGUUCCAGCUGUCUGCCUAACACGUCACUUAAAAAGUGCCCAACGUGGAAAAAGAAACCCUAGAGAAGCUUUUCGAGAAGAUGUUAUCAGUUUCUCAAAUAAGCAACAGGAGGCACGAAUGAAGAUGAGGUACGCAUUAACUGAACUCAGCGACACCGAAAUCGAAUAUUCACGGGCGUUAAAGCAAUUAGUAGAAGUAUUUGAUUCGCUAAAUGGAAAAAUGAUUGUUAGUCAGUCAGAAAGUUCAGAACAAACCACAGAUUAUCCACAGAUGAUCAAGAAUGACAUCGAAGGUCUGAAAACAACUUUGAGAAACAUUCUUCAAUUUUCUGGUAUGUUCCUGGAGAAACUGCCUUUGUAUGCUCUUGAACCAGGGAAAUCUGCAGAAUGUUUUACAAAAAAUCCUGAUCGUUGGUAUGACUACACAAUGUUUCUUUUACAUUUGGAUAAUCUAAUUAAUCAUACCUCAGAAAUAGCCUCUCAGGAUACCGAAAUAUCAUUCAGUCUCACUGUUCCAGACUCUCUGAAAACAAAACAAACUUCACCCACUGACCAAACAGAUUCAUAUCCACAGCCUUACCAACGCAACAGUGUCUCACUUAGAAAUAUUCUAGAUCUAACAGAUGUUCCACGAAAUCGAUUGAAUGCAUAUUGUGGAUUACUGAGAGAUAUAGCAAGAUAUAUUGCACGUGAUGGUUCAUCCACAAAAAAUCUUGAACUGGCAAUGACAUAUGUAACUAGAUCCCAGAGACGAGCAGAAGAAUUUGCUCACUUCUGGUCUCGUGUUGAUGCAGAUUUCAGUCAAAUAUUUAGUUCAGAAAAUUUGUAUGAAGAUAAGUCAUUGUUCGGAAAGAUAAUACCACCACCAAUAACUCGAAUGACGGAUAUAAAAAUUGGCGAACACAAAAACGUCCGAAUAGAUGCUGGUGAAAUGAAAACAGAACGACUCAUUCUCAUGCCAGAUCAUUUAUUGUCAGCUAAAUGUUUCAGUGCAGAUCAACCUUCAUUCAAAUGGAAAUUGAGCAGAAUAAUUAAUCUUGAUGAAGUUCGACUUGGUGAUUAUGGCAAUGAUGGAAAGGACCAGACAUCAUUUGAAUUGUGGAAUAUAUCAGGUGAAGACCCACUGAAGUUAAUUCUGCAUAUCACCUGCCCUGACGUCAUCAGUCGUAAUGCGUGGGUUGAGGAUAUAAGAAAUGCAAUUAGAGAAAAAACUGAAUGCUGCAUAGAAAGUACGAACGUUGAUAAGUCAGUUGUUGAUUCACAUAUAAAAGCAUUCUGGGAUCUACAGAAACGCUACACUGGAAUAAUGGAACUCUCACCUUGUCGCAGUGAAUCUGUCAGUGAAAUAUAUUUUGAUGCACUAGAAAACGUACAACAAGUGAACUCACAAAAUGUUGAAUCAUCACAAUUUUCACAAAUAGAUAAAGAUGUUCUCGUAAGAACUUCUAUAAAUCAAAAAUCUACUUCCUCAUCAUCGUAUUACACUGCUGAUGAACCAAUGGAUGAUAAAGACCGAGCAACAUCUGGUAAUCUGUUUGAAUCAUAUUCAACCUUGGAUGGUGUGCAAACGCCUUUUUCGGAAGAUCAACAGUCUCUCGCUGAUUUUCAAAUGAGUCCAGAUGUUCGAGGAAACCAAUCACAAUUGUUACCAAGAUCAUCUUUGACAGGAAGUGAAACGCUUAUCAAACAACUAACAGUAAAUGCAGGUGAACAAAUACAAUUCAAUGCAUCAUUUACUAUAUCUGGUCCAGUCGCUUAUGAGACAAGUUGGUUUAUGAAUGGUGCUCCAAUGAAACCAGACCUGGGGGCUGAUAUGAUAUUGUCAGAUCGGGACACACGCCUGCUCAUAUCAAACGCAGACCCUUUGGUUCAUUCUGGAACGUAUGCUUGUCGAUGUCGUCUUUUUGAAGGAACGGAGACAGCUGUUUACUUUUGUGUCAAUGUUCUCACAGCUAAAAUGAAUUUAAAUGAUUCAAAUGAAAAUGAAUCAGAUCAAGCUAGACGGAUGAGUUUGAGUCAACCGAAAAUUUUCUAUCCAGUUACUAAAGACCUAGACAUAGCAGUUGGGAAACCACUGACAAUCGAAGUGAAAAUAGAUGAGGAAAAUGCUUUAAAACUAAUGAAUAAUAGUAAAGAGAAUGUUCAGGUGGAUUGGUAUCAAGAUUCGACUUUACUUAAAUCUACUCCAACGUGUGAAAUGAUAAAAUCCAAUGAUCGUUUCUUUCUUCAUUCAACUACCAGUCAUUUACAGCCUGAUAAAAUAUACAUGUAUACUUGCAUGCUAAGACUUCCUGCUAAUUCAUCUAUAUCCCCGGCUCCAAGUUUAACUAUACCAGUGCGUUGUCAUUAUCCAACAGCUGAAGAAUUAGAAAAGGAAUUCAAAACUAGUACUCAAAGUAAUACUUCGGAAUCAUACGGCAUUAUAACUCAUCCAGUUGCUCUUCCAAGGAAUGAACCAUUCCAGCUGAGUGUACCUGUUCAAAAUGACUCUGAAAACCACGAUUAUGUGAUAUGGUGGACGCGUAAUGAUAAGUUAUUGGCAGGCAGUCAUUUACCUACAAAAGACUGUGUCUAUGAAUGUGUAUCUGAGCCUAAAAGAGACAAAAACCAAACACUAGUGAAACUUCUAAAAAGUUCCACGAAAGACAAUGAUUCUGGAACAUACAAGUGUUGGGCAGUUUCACAAUCAAUAAAAAACCAUAAAAUUCAUCGCAUUGACGUCACAGUUAAAGUGAAUGAAGAAGAAAAAGAUUUGAAUGAAAAAAAGUACGAAGAAGAACGCGAAAAAGACGAAAAGGAAUUUGAAGUGAACGAAGAAACGGUUAUUGAGGAUGACACCGAAACCGAAAGUCCUGUACAGCAAGAUAAUAAAAGAAUCGAUGACAGGGAAGAGAACAUUAAGCAACCGAAUGAAAAAAGUAAUAAUGCACAUUUUCCAGAAACUGAAUUACAGCUGCAGCAUAAUGACAAUGAAAAAGGAAAGGAGACUGUGGAAAUUAAAGAAAAGAAAGAUGGAACACAGAAAGUAAUAAUAGAGUUCCAGAAAAUUGAUUCUGGAAAUCAGAACGAAGGAGAAUACGAAAAAGCAGAGGAGAAGAAUUCUUCAGUGGAAAAAACUAGUGAGCAGAUAAUUCAGAUACAGGAAAAAACAUUAGAAAAGAAAACUGCCGACACAAUAUCUGUUGACAACAACGAGUUUUCGGAUAAUCGUGAGGAGCUGUCAAACGUAGAACUAUGCUUCAAAGAAAAACUCAAAGAUGGAAAACGUCAAAAACCUGAAGAGGAAAACAGUAGAGAUGUUGAUUCAGAAUGCAAACUGCAGGAAGAAAAAUAUAAAAUAGGUGAGAAGGAAAAGUCAGGAGUACAAGUUCCAGAGGUAUUACCGAAAAGUGAAAAUGAAAUAAUCAUGAACCAGUUAGGAGACGAAGAUAAGACAAAAAAUAAACAAGAAGAUGAGACGAGGCAUCGCCCAGAAGACAAUUAUGCAAAAACAGAAUUGACACAGACAACAGAAAAGGAACACGAUACCAAAAAUAAAGACAUAACAGAAGAAGAAAAUAGUGCAAACAGUGCAUAUGAGAAAAAGAAAGCAUCAUUGAAAGAAGUCGAAUUUAUGCAGCAGAUAGAAUGUAAAGAAAACCAAGAAUAUUGUUUAACUUCUCAGAAUUCAAAUGUGGAGGAUAAAAGUUCCUUGAAACAACCAGAAGACAAAAUGAUAAUCAAAACUGAAACUAAAACAAUCGAUGAGGUGGAUACGGAAUUGCCACCACUGGGAAAUAAAGAUAUAACAACAAAUUUGACAACUACUCCUGACGAAAAACAGAUAAAGAGCAAUAAAUCUAAACGUAAAUCAGUCGGACAUGGUGCAGAUAAAACAGAGAACCUGGCCAACAAAGUUAAGGUAGACGAGAAGCAGAAGAUUUUAGAGGAGAGUGUUGUAUCGAAGGAUGCCCAAGAAAAACCUAUAACUGCUGACAGUGCUACAGACAAAACAGAACAAACUGACAAUAAACAUAUGAAGACUGAUAAAUCUAAACGUAGGUCAAGUAAAUAUGCUGAUGAGGCAUCUGAUGUAAAGAAAGGCGAAGAAACUGAACAAGUCGAUGAUAAAAAGAGAAAACACAAAGCGAAGGAAAAGGCAGUAAGUGAAAAUAAAGUUGACACCGAUGAAAGUAAGAAGCAACUACCUGUAGACAGCAACGCCGAACCUGUGGACAAGGUUAAAGAGCAAAGUGAGGUUAAAACUAAACAAGAGGUAAAUCAGAAACGUAAAGGAAGUGAACAUGCAGUUGACACUGAUGAAAGUAAGAAUCAACUACCUGUAGACAGCAACGCCGAAUCAGUGGACAAGGUUAAAGAGCAAAGUGAGGUUAAAACUAAACAAGAGGUAAAUCAGAAACGUAAAGGAAGUGAACAUGCGGUUGACACUGAUGAAAGUAAGAAUCAACUACCUGUUGACAGCAACACCGAACCUGUGGACAAGGUUAAAGAGCAAAGUGAGGUUAAAACUAAACAAGAGGUAAAUCAGAAACGUAAAGGAAGUGAACAUGCAGUUGACACUGAUGAAAGUAAGAAGCAACUACCUGUAGACAGCAACGCCGAAUCAGUGGACAAGGUUAAAGAGCAAACUGAGGUUAAAACUAAACAAGAGGUAAAUCAGAAACGUAAAGGAAGUGAACAUGCGGUUGACACUGAUGAAAGUAAGAAGCAACUACCUGUAGACAGCAACGCCGAACCUGUGGACAAGGUUAAAGAGCAAAGUGAGGUUAAAACUAAACAAGAGGUAAAUCAGAAACGUAAAGGAAGUGAACAUGCAGUUGACACUGAUGAAAGUAAGAAGCAACUACCUGUAGACAGCAACGCCGAAUCAGUGGACAAGGUUAAAGAGCAAACUGAGGUUAAAACUAAACAAGAGGUAAAUCAGAAACGUAAAGGAAGUGAACAUGCGGUUGACACUGAUGAAAGUAAGAAGCAACUACCUGUAGACAGCAACGCCGAACCUGUGGACAAGGUUAAAGAGCAAAGUGAGGUUAAAACUAAACAAGAGGUAAAUCAGAAACGUAAAGGAAGUGAACAUGCAGUUGACACUGAUGAAAGUAAGAAGCAACUACCUGUAGACAGCAACGCCGAAUCAGUGGACAAGGUUAAAGAGCAAACUGAGGUUAAAACUAAACAAGAGGUAAAUCAGAAACGUAAAGGAAGUGAACAUGCGGUUGACACUGAUGAAAGUAAGAAGCAACUACCUGUAGACAGCAACGCCGAACCUGUGGACAAGGUUAAAGAGCAAAGUGAGGUUAAAACUAAACAAGAGGUAAAUCAGAAACGUAAAGGAAGUGAACAUGCAGUUGACACUGAUGAAAGUAAGAAGCAACUACCUGUAGACAGCAACGCCGAAUCAGUGGACAAGGUUAAAGAGCAAACUGAGGUUAAAACUAAACAAGAGGUAAAUCAGAAACGUAAAGGAAGUGAACAUGCGGUUGACACUGAUGAAAGUAAGAAGCAACUACCUGUUGACAGCAACACCGAACCUGUGGACAAGGUUAAAGAGCAAAGUGAGGUUAAAACUAAACAAGAGGUAAAUCAGAACCGUAAAGGAAGUGAACAUGCGGUUGACACUGAUGAAAGUAAGAAGCAACUACCUGUUGACAGCAACACCGAAUCAGUGGACAAGGUUAAAGAGCAAAGUGAGGUUAAAACUAAACAAGAGGUAAAUCAGAAACGUAAAGGAAGUGAACAUGCAGUUGACACUGAUGAAAGUAAGAAGCAACUACCUGUAGACAGCAACGCCGAACCUGUGGACAAGGUUAAAGAGCAAAGUGAGGUUAAAACUAAACAAGAGGUAAAUCAGAAACGUAAAGGAAGUGAACAUGCGGUUGACACUGAUGAAAGUAAAAAGCAACUACCUGUAGACAGCAACGCCGAACCUGUGGACAAGGUUAAAGAGCAAAGUGAGGUUAAAACUAAACAAGAGGUAAAUCAGAAACGUAAAGGAAGUGAACAUGCAGUUGAUACUGAUGAAAGUAAGAAUCAACUGCCUGUAGACAGCAACGCCGAACCUGUGGACAAGGUUAAAGAGCAAAGUGAGAUUAAAACUAAACAAGAAGUAAAUCACAGACGUAAAGGAAGUGAUAUCCAAAAGACUGAGAAUGACCUUAUGAUGGAAAAGUCAGUCAGUGAUACUUUAAUGACUCAUGGUCCUAAUAUAGUAGAAGAUAAAACCUCUUCCAGUGAAGUCACUUUGGAUAAUGAAAAAGCGAAAAAGGAGUUUAAAGCAUCAGAUACUGAGAAAAAAGAAGCCCAAAACAGUGACAGCACAAUGAACCAUGAAAUUUUUGAUGCAAAGACUAGUGCUGAGGUUGACCAAGCCAGAGAUUUAGCAUUCAAAGAACAAGAUGCAAUGGAAGAAAAGAAAAAAAAGAAAGAAAAAUCAAAAAAAUCCAGUAAGCAAAAAGACACGGAACGAAAACUUUCAAAGGAUACAAUUAAAUUAGAUUCAGAUAUAGGUAAGACAUUUACUCCACUCAAUGAACAAAAUGAUGACACAACUUUGCUCAACGAAUACCAGCAAGACAAACAACCACGCAAAAAACAUCGCAAAUCUGUGGUGAAGACUGAAAAUGAUGAUUCAGGAAAUAAAAAUAAAAUGUUAGAUGAUCAAAAAGAGUACACUGAUAUUACUGAAAAGAAAUUGGUCCUUGAUUACGAAAAAGGAGGUGACGAAAUUAGAAAUUUGCUGGAAAGUCAAGAAGUCAAAGAAUCAUAUAUGAAAAACCAGGAAAUGGAAAUACCAACUGAUUUGCAUGAUGAAGAUAGGAUACGUAGAAGCAAUGUAGUCUUCUUAAAACCAGUAUCUGAUAUCAGUAAAGGGGAAAGUAUGUCUGUAAAACAAGGAGCCACAGUUAAUUUAACUACUGAACUUGACAUAAGUGGAUCUUCUGUUCUGCAUCCUGAUGACUUUAUCACCUUAAAAAAUGGAAAACCAAUUGAGUUCAAUGAAAAGGAGACACCUAUACUAACAAUUAAGGAUAAUCUAAUCAAUUUAGUACUCGAGGAAAUAUCACCGGAGCAAGGUGGAAUUUAUGAGAUUGGACUACGUCAGCCAACAAAAUGUUUGUUGAAAAGUGGUGAGAACGAAGAUGAAACACUUGAUGAACCUACUUCUUCUUCUGUCAUUCCAUUUGCACGAUUUCCACUUAUUUGCGUUGAGCCUAAUGAAUCAUUAUCCAAAGAUUAUACCAUCAAGCAAAUUCAAGAUGAAUAUAAGCAACCGAAAAUAUUUGUAGCUGAAUUAUUACCAAAGUAUGUAUGUAUGCAGGGUGAGACAAUGAAAUUGGCUGUUGAACUGAAGAGUAACGUUUGCGUGAAAGAUUUUGAAUGGUCGGUGAAUGGGAAGACAAUAGACCCUGAAUCAAGUACAGACUUCGUUGUAUGGCAAACGGGCAACUGGAUUGCAUUAACAAUACCAAAUGUUCGUGCAGAUUUAACUGGUACAUACACGCUGACUGUGGAUACCCCUCGUGGUCGAUACACCACGACAAGUGAUCUGUCAGUGAAUGGACAAAAAAGACAAACUACACCAUACGUUCCAUCUCAGGUAGAAGGACUUAAACCAUUAUUUACCAAGAAACUUCAAGACUACACGGCUGAAGCGAAUGAAAUCGUUAGAUUGUGCGCGCGUUUAGUUGCAGAACCACCAGCAACUAUCACCUGGAAACACAACGGUAUCCCAAUUAAAGAUGAUAACAGAAUAAAAAUUUAUCAGGACCAUGUUAAUCCUUCAAUUACAAUUCAAAAUGUGAAAGAUGAAGAUUAUGGUGAAUAUUCGUGUGUAGCAACAAAUGUACUUGGACAAACGGAAACCAAAGCAACUCUCUAUAUCCAAAAUAACUUCUUUGAACCUGUUGGUCAUACAAAUGAUGAAAAUAAAGAUUCAGAAUGUAUCGCUGAACCUACAAGAUCCUCAGCUUUGCCGUCAAGGGUAAACAAUCUUCAGUUGGUUGACGUUUAUGAAGAAGGUUUCAAAAUCUCCUGGGAUCCAAUAUUAGAUGAACAGGUCACAUAUAAUGUUGAAAUCAGCAAUGAUGCAGGCAGAUGGUGGAAACCUGUGCUCACCAAUUUACACGACGUUUCAGCAGAUAUUUCCAAUGAUAUGGCAUGUCCAUUGAAUCCAGUGCAAAUAAGAAUAGUCGCUGAAAACGAAUAUGGUCUUGGUCCUCCUUGUUUUCCAUUUAUUCGUUUACCCAUCCGAGCAUGUCUUCCUCACAUGCAAGCUAUUAAACCGGAAACUGAAUUCGAAGAGGCGACAGCUGUUAGACUUCGAUGGGCCCCAGCUGUACCAUCCCUUUCACCUAGCCAAAUGAACAAAAGUGGUAUGCUAGAUAAAUCUCAUUUACUUGGAAAAGUAACCUAUUCAGUUGAAAUUCGAGAAGGGUCACAGUCAGAAUGGCACAGAGUGGCAAGUGAUAUAUCUGGUUUAUCUUACACCUAUCACUUAAAGCCUGGUGUUAGUUCUGCCAUACGUAUUGUUGCCAAGAAUAAGUAUGGUGAAUCAAGUCCCACUCCAAUGACAAUAGUUCAACUUGAUCCAGACAGCCUUAUUCCAGAUCUCUCCUUAGAUUCACCAUGGGUGGCAGUUAACUAUCCGGCCGAUAACGUUCAAGGAAAAAGACCUAAUGUAAAGUUAUUCUGGAAAGCCGCCUAUAUGCCGGAGUUUUGUGACAGUUGCAUUAAAGGUCUGAAGCCAUUCUAUCGUAUUGAAUGGCGUCGCGGGAAAUCUGGACCAUGGCUUGAGUUGGCUCGCGAUAUUAAAGAAUACGAGUCUGGUUACCCCCUACCAAAAGAUAUAGUGGAUUCAUUAAUUAACGAAACAAAAUCUACACCCGAUUUGCUUUUAAACAACAUAAGCUUGAAUCAUUCUGUUGAAUUUCGAGUUGUUUGUUAUAAUGAAUUUGGGGAAAGUGGACCAACUAAGUCUUAUAGACUAAAAGCCUCUCAGUUAUUCCGAGGUCAAGGUUAUCGAAACAAUUUACAAUCAGUAGAUACAUCGAAUGGGAUGGAUCAGUAUGAACAUUUAAGUGUAUUAGAUAAGCUACCUGUCAUUUCGUCAGCUAAAGUCCCAAAAUUGGAAGUCCAGGUGACGUCUGUUGAUCCCAAAGAGGGGAUAGCACUCAAAUGGGCUCCUUGUACAAAUUCAUACCUGAGUAACGGUGUUGAUAACAAUCAUGAUUCGCAUGGCCGGUACAGAAUUCAACGUAUGUUGCCAAGUUCCAUCAGUGAUAGUACAUCACUCGAUGUGCGGAAUUGGACAGUAGUUUGCAAAGAAGAUGGUCUCAUUUACGGAGAGGAAUAUGUUCUGGAUAUUAGACCGAGUAAAAUGGAGCAGUUUGUGAGAAUUCUAACUCUCAAUGAAGACAGCGAGGGCAAUCAUACAUGGUUAGACAAUCAUGAAAUCUUACGUAUACCUGCACUCUAUGAAAUAUGCCCACCUGCACCAUCAGGAAUCGAAGUUAAGUUAUUACCUCCCAAUGAAACAUCAGGUUGUACAGGUGUAUGCGUCAGCUGGAAACCACCUAAUCACGAGUUGAUUUCAGAUAACAACUAUCUAAAGCAUGUUAAAAAUUAUAAUCAGAUUGACUAUAGAAUAGAAGUGCGUACAACUUUAAGUGAAAUGGCACCUUGGCGGCAAGUCGGUUUAGUGUCGGGAUUACUUGGCAAAAUAGAAGAUCGAAAAGCUGAACCUGGAUCACAGCUUAUUUACCGGAUAACACCAAUUAAUCAGUUCGGUGAGGGCCCUAGCUUGUGUUCAUCGCCAGUUAGACUCCCGCUUCUGCUGACGAGUUUAGAAAGGUGUAUUGAAGACUUACGAUUUCUAAUACUAGGACCAAGUACAAUUCAAUUACGCUGGCGUCUAGGUGAUUCAGUAAUUGAUGCACUCGGAUUUAAAAAGGACGAGAAACAAUCAAAAAAUAUCACAAAACAACUGGAUUUUGAUGAGUCUGCAGAAAUGUGUGAACGUGUAAAUUUUUCUGUUGAAAGACGGGAUGGUUAUGCUGGUGAAUGGUAUCCUAUCUAUGAACAGAUUAAAGGAAAUCUUCUUAACAAGAUUUUACUGAACAACUUUUCUUAUUUAGAUAAAGAUAUCUCUUGUAGAAUCAUUGCAUAUGUAGACGGACAACAAACGAAGCCAAGUCGGCCAAUCAGCAUAAGUAUUAAAACUGAUUACUUGGUACCAGAUUUCUCAGCGUUUAAGCCACACGUGAAUGUUACAUCUGUUGAAGAAUAUGUCAUCACGUGGGAGGAUCCAGAUGUGCAAUCAUUGUAUACAAGUCAUAUUUUAAAUCUUACCAUGCCUCAAGUACUACACAAAGAUACUAGUUAUUCGAUACAGAUACAGCAAGAAGGUUCAACAGAUUGGAAAACUAUAGCAUCUGAUCUACUCACUACCCAAUGGACAUGGAGUAAGCCGAACCCAUUAAUGGGAUAUCAUAUUCGUGUUCAACCGUUUAAUCAAUUCGGUGCUGGACAUCCGACUAGAAGCACGUUAAUAUCACCUCAAGUCGUCAUUCCCGAUUUAAAAUUCAUGAGACCAUCUAUAGAAUGUCCAUCAGACAUUCUAGUAGGUCGGAUAGCUCCAGAGUUGGUGUGGCAGAUACCUAAGUCCUACGCUUUAGACAGAACAUUUACACCUUACACCUUUGAGGUCCAAGUUAAAGGUGUAGAAAGGCCGACAAACCGUGAUUACAUUAAAUCAGAAACAGAUCCUGACAGGUCAUCAAGACAUCAGUCUGGAAGUAUCGGUGGUGAGCAGAUAUGGAGAGUUUUAGCAUCCGGUCUGAAACGUAAUCGUCUAUCUCUCGAACAUUUGGAUCCAGAACAAGAAUACUGGUUGCGAGUUGUUGCUGUAACACAAUACGGUAGAGGUACACCAAGUCAACCUGUCCGAAAAAUGGCUGACCUAAAUGCAAGACGUAACAGAUGCGCAUCAGCUUGCAUAGGAGUUUUACAUGAACCUACACCGACCUCGCCUACUUUUACAGAACCAAAUACGAGUGUGAUUUAUGCACCUGUUUAUGGUCAUUUAGAUCUGAAAUGUACAUUUCGUCCUGUGCAUUCAGAGAAUGAAACACGUUUCAGUUGGUAUUUUAAUGGCAAACUAUUGGAUACAGAUGUAAAUACAGCUUACCCUACAUUAAAUCAAAAAUUCUACAGUACUGUAUCCAAAUCUGGUGACACAGCUAUAUUACAUUUAAAUGGGGUUGGCGAGAAUGAUUUUGGUUCUUACGUUUGUAAGGCUGUGCAUAUGAUGGGGACCCGAGAAAAAGAAUUCCUUGUUAAGAUGGCAGACGCACCUGUUUUCUUAGAGGUUCCUACUCCAAUCCUGACUGUUAAAUUACACUCUCGUUUUGAGUUGCCGUGUUUCAUAGAUGCAUUACCACCACCAACAAUAAUCUGGACCAGAGAUUCUAAACGAGUUGUUGAAUCACAUCGUACACAAAUCGGUAAGGAAUCAAAACAGUCUUCAAAUAGAAAACCAAGUAUUUCAACCUGUGAAUUUAGUACAGAUGCAACACUGUCUGUGGAUAAAUGCAUCUAUCAGGAUGCUGGCUUGUACACAUUAGUAGCUGAAAAUAUAGCCGGUCGAAUAAUGACCAGUUGUCUCAUUCAUGUUGAAGAAAAUCCUGUUCCCACCAACAUAACACUAAGAUGGACAAAUAUAGAAAAGCAUUAUUUCGUACUAAGACGGCUUGAAAUUGAUUCAUCUUCAGAAGUUCGUCUGCUAAUUGAUAAGAAGACAAAUCGUGAAUACAUUGGAAAACUCUUUAAUUUAGACAAUCCAGCAAGUCGCAUAAAUGGCGCUAGAGAAAUGGAGUGUUUAAUGCGCUUAUGUCAUAAAAAUGUAUUGAAACUAGUUGAUGCUCUUAUCAGUGAUAAUGUUUUGAUUUUAGUUUGUGAAAAGUUAUCUGGUUCAGAUCUUCUUGAUUCAGUUCUGGCAUGCGAAAACUGGUCUGAAAUGGCAGCAGCAGCCAUAAUUCGUUCAGUACUAGAAGCAUUAGAUCAUAUACACAAACAGGGUGUUGUUCACUACGACAUUCAACCCAACAAUCUACUUUUUGUAAAGAAAACAAUUGGUGAUAACGACUAUGCGAAUUCCUCUGACAAUCCUGACCUAUUACGUGCUCUUUCUUCCUUGGUGACCGAUGUGUUAAGCCAAACCGAUCGACAUAAAAUGAACGUUUUCAGUAACUUACUAAAAGUCAUAGGAUUUUCUACAGCGCAAACUUAUAUUACUAAUUCUCAGAAUCGUAUGACAUGCAUGCCUCCAAUACGAUACAGACCAGAAUAUGUUUCACCUGAAAUUCUGUUAUCAAUAAAGAAAACGGACGGAACAAUCACUGAUGCUGUUCAAGGAUACUGUGAAAAUUUAGGUCCAUCUGCUGAUAUUUGGAGUCUUGGAGUGUUAACAUAUAUCCUACUUGCUGGAUGGCCACCAUUUGUCGAUUACGAAUCAGGCGAUAUACUAACAGACAAUAUUUUACAAGCAGUCAUUCCAUUCGACAUUCCUGAAUUCGAAAACAUUUCAGAUGAAGGCAAAGACUUCAUUAAACAAACACUACAAGCAGAUCCCACAAAACGACCUUCAGCGAAAGAAUGCUUGUCUCAUCCAUGGAUUGAAAUAUUCUCAAAUUCGGAAAAUAAAUCGGAAUAUAUUCUGAAGAAGCUCAAGAAAUACAAAACAUUUUAUGACUCAGUGCAUCCGAUUUGCAUCGUGAGUGACGACAAAAAUUAUGGUGUCGACUUGCGAAACCGCUUAGCAACUAUGGUAAGACAACCAACCCCAAGUGAAGAUACAGAAAGUGUGUUGUCCUCUCGCUCAUCCUCAGCUCUUGGUUUCCAAGAUAAUUCGGAAUCAUACAGCGAAGAUCAGUCGCAAAUACUUGACCGGUAUGGAUCACGUGACUUUACUGACUCAAUGUUUCUGAUUUCCUCAAACCCAAAUAUUCCUACUGCAGCAGAUGCUUCAGAGUCAAUUUUAGAAAAAUUUGGUUUGGAAAGACAAAAUACUCUCACAGAAGCCACUCAGUUAGGCGAAACCACUUAUCCCCUUUUAGAAGGACAAGAAAGCAUUUCAACGAAUACUGAGCAAGGAAACCAGACCACUUCAGCGUCACAUGGAAAAAUCGGAAAUAAAUUCAGUGCCCCAGUCUUUGCUAGUCCACUGAAGGAUUCAUAUUUCAAUGUACACACAAGAGAAGCCCGAUUUACUUGUCAACUUGCCAGUGCUCCUUAUAUCCCAGAAAACAUUCCUGGUCAUGAAGAAGCACUCAGAGAACUGUAUCCAAGUAGUCUGAAUUUUGGUAAGAUCAGCAGAAGUUCUUCUUCUGCUGCUGCAUGGUACUUGGGUGGAUGUCUACUAUCCGAUGGUCCAGGAGUCAGUCUAGGUGCUGGACAUGGUGGAUGGUUAUGGCUCUGCCUUAGUGACCUUCGUCCAGAGCAAGAUCGAAGUGUAGUUGAAUGUGUUGUUAGAAAUCGAGCCGGUAAAUCCCGAACUAAAGCUCGCCUUUUACUUGGUGAUACACCCAAACCUCCUGGUCGUCCAGGCUUAAUUGAUGUUCGUCCAACAGAGGCCCUAAUCAGUUGGUUAGCUUCAACACCGGAUUCAAAUGAGGAUCUCAUCUACCGUGUAGACAUUAAAUAUUCAGAUCAUGAAAAUGAGCCACCUACAUGGCAUCGACAUGGAUUUACUGUAGACUGCCGUUAUCUAGCUAUUAAUCUCAAACCCGGCAUAUGUUAUCGUGUCCGAAUUUCUGCAGGAAAUACAUUCGGCUGGGGAAAUUAUAGUAUUGCAUCAUCUGACUUCCGCACUCCUUUGGUUUCCACGGAUCAGUCACCGAACAUAUUUUCUGUAGACGAGAGAAAUUGGAUAUUCAAUUGGCGUCAGUCUGCAAAUAUCUAUGCACUAAGUGAUCACCCCGUAGCCCUUCAGUAUGCUGUUGAUCAAGCAAGCAGUGUUCCACCACCACCAGACAAAGUUUUACAAAGAUUGCACCAACAUAGUGGGAUAAUUCCAAGUUCAGAUGUAUUGAAAUCUAUAUGCAAACCGAUUCGUCUGAUUAACAAGGGUACAUAUACGAAACUUACUCUGGGAAAAUCCCACCCAAUGCUCAGUGAAGGAACCAACUUUAACAAUAUUAGACAGAACAGCCUGUCUCUUCCACCUAGGUUGCUUUGUAAAACCACAUAUCUGGAUCCAGGAGAUAAGACUUUGUUACAAAAGGCUCGCCGUGAAGCCCUGAUACUUACUAUCCUUCAUGGUGCUAGUGGAGGGAUGUACUCUUCAUUUGAAGACUAUUUUGGUGAACAGGAUAAUUCAUAUCUUUUCACCAACCGACGACAACUACUACCGUCUGGAUGGUCUUAUGGAUGGUUGGCAGAUGAUGCAGCAAAACCAACACAGGGCAUAACAGUAAUGCAGUGGAUCCCAGGGGGACGACUCAUCGAUGUUUUAUGCAGUAGAGUGGAGUAUACUGAAUUUUCCGUCAUGAUGUGGUGUCAACAGAUUCUUAUGGCACUGAGAUGGUUUCAUACAUGCUUUAUGGGAUUGCCACAUGGAAAUGUUUGUCUUGAACAUAUACUUGUUGCUCGUCGGUCAUCUUCACUUCCAGAUAUUGUACUGAGCGGAUUCGGCAAGAGCACAGAUUCUAGAGAACCUUACAACUAUUUUGCAGCUCCAGAGUUGCAUGAAGAUCAACCAAAAUCUACUGCUGCUGAUUUGUGGAGUGUUGGAGCUGUUAUCAGAUUGCUAUUAACUGGAGAAAAUCCAAGUGAUACUGGCAUCCACAGUAAAAAGCCUACAUCUAAUGAAUCUACUGAACAUCACAAAUCAAAAGUGAAAACAUCCCAGGAUUCACCAUCCACAAUACAGUCGGAAGAAAACCACACCUUUCCACAAAGUCAUAUCAGUAUAAAGAAGUUAAAGAGAUUUUCCAAACCCGCACGAAAAUUCGUCUACAACUGUCUCAGUCCAGUACCAAGAAAACGUGGAACAGUAGACUUCUGGUUAGACUCUCACUGGUUCGAUAUGAAUGCUGAGAAUGUGAAUAACCUGACUUCAGCGAUCAUUCCUACAAAUCUACUGCGGUCAUUUAAAACUACUUUAGAUGCUAGUGUUAAUUCCUGUGCAGAAGAAGAAACAAGAGAACUACAAUUUUCUUGA